AUGAUGGAAUCGACAAAUAUUCAGUAUGAUGCGAUAAACUGUAGAAAACAUACCGCAGUAUUAACCGAAUUCGGAGCCGUGGGUGAUGGAAAAACAUCGAACACAAAAGCUUUUAAGGAAGCCAUAACCAAGCUUGCUCCUAAGGCGGCUAACGGCGGAGUGCAGCUCAUUGUUCCACCGGGAAGAUGGCUCACCGGAAGUUUCAACCUCACAAGCCAUUUUACUUUGUUCAUCCAAAAAGGUGCAACUAUUCUUGCUUCUCAGAAUGAAGCUGAAUAUCCCGUGGUUGCACCUUUGCCGUCUUAUGGACAAGGAAGAGAUGCAGCAGGACCAACUUUUAACAGUUUGAUCUCUGGCACAAACCUAACUGAUGUUGUUAUCACCGGUAACAACGGAACGAUCAAUGGGCAAGGCAAAUACUGGUGGGUGAAGUAUAGGAGUGGUGGAUUUAAGAAUAUCACCAGACCUUACACACUCGAACUCAUGUUCUCUAAAGACGUCCAGAUCUCGAACAUCACGAUCAUCGACUCGCCUGCAUGGAACAUUCAUCCAGUGUAUUGCAACAACGUCAUCGUUAGAGGCGUUACCAUUAUUGCUCCUAUCGAUUCUCCUAACACCGAUGGAAUCAACCCUGACUCAUGCACAAACACAUUGAUAGAAGACUGUUACGUGGUCUCCGGAGACGACUGCAUCGCCGUGAAGAGUGGUUGGGAUCAGUUCGGAAUCAAAGUCGGAAUGCCAACUCAGCAACUCUCCAUCCGAAGGCUCACAUGCAUCUCUCCCGAUAGUGCCGGAGUAGCACUCGGAAGUGAAAUGUCCGGUGGAAUCAAAGACGUUAGAAUGGAAGACAUUACGUUACUCCAGACACAAUCCGCUAUCAGAAUCAAAACCGCGGUCGGACGUGGAGGUUACGUUAAGGACAUUUUUGCUAGGAGCUUUGUAAUGAAGACAAUGAAAUACAUUUUCUGGAUGAGUGGUGCUUAUAACCAACACCCUGCCUCGGGUUAUGACCCCAAGGCUAUGCCAGAGAUUACCAACAUUAACUACAGUGACAUGACCGCGGAUAAUGUCACGCAACCCGCUAGGCUCGAUGGGCUCAAGAACGAUCCUUUCACCAAGAUAUGUAUGUCGAACAUAAAGAUUGAGUUGGCUAAGGAGCCGAAGAAGUUGCUGUGGAAUUGUACUGAUAUCUCCGGAGUUUCGAGCAAGGUGACACCGACACCGUGUAGUUUGUUGCCGGAGAAAGGAGGUCCUUGUGCUUAUCCGACUGACAAGAUUCCUAUUGAAUCUGUUGUCAUGAAGAAGUGCUCUGCUUAG